ACCUAGCGGGGCCCCAAGCCUGGCUGACGCUCGGGAGGGGCGUCACGUGGGUCGCCGGCCGCGCAACUCUCGGCCCUGGGCGCUCCGCGGUCACCCGCUCCCGCGACCGCCGUCCCUGCCCCUCGUCGGCGCCACAGGUGCUUUGCCGCCAAGCGCUCCCGCGCCAGGUGUCUCUCUGGACACGCCAGGCUGGGGCCACCUCUGAGCGCCCCGCAUGGGCCAUGGAUGGCGAGACAGCAGAGGAGCAGGGGAGCCCUGCGCCCCCUCCGGUCCCCGGGGGGCGGCUGGAGCCCAAGAAGUAUGCUGUGACCGAUGACUACCAGUUGUCCAAGCAGGUGUUGGGCUUGGGCGUGAAUGGCAAGGUGCUGGAGUGCUUCCAUCGGAGCACCGGGCAGAAGUGUGCCAUGAAGCUCUUGUAUGACAGCCCCAAGGCUCGGCAGGAAGUGGAGCACCACUGGCAGGCCUCGGGCGGCCCCCACAUCGUGCGCAUCCUGGACGUCUAUGAGAACAUGCACCACGGCCGGCGCUGUCUCCUCAUCAUCAUGGAAUGCAUGGAAGGGGGUGAGCUGUUCCGCAGGAUUCAGGAGCGCGGCAGGAUUCAGGAGCGCGGUGACCAGGCUUUCACUGAGAGAGAGGCCGCAGGGAUCAUGCGGGAUAUCGGCACUGCCAUCCAGUUUCUGCACAGCCAGAACAUCGCCCACCGAGACGUCAAGCCUGAAAACCUGCUCUACACAUCUAAGGAGGGAGAUGCUGUGCUUAAGCUCACUGACUUCGGCUUUGCCAAGGAAACCACCCAAAACGCCUUGCGGACACCAUGCUACACUCCCUAUUAUGUGGCCCCUGAGGUCCUCGGUCCAGAGAAGUAUGACAAGUCGUGUGACAUGUGGUCUCUGGGUGUCAUCAUGUACAUCCUCCUGUGCGGCUUCCCGCCCUUCUACUCCAACACGGGCCAGGCCAUCUCCCCAGGGAUGAAGAGGAGGAUCCGCCUGGGCCAGUAUGGAUUCCCCAAUCCCGAGUGGUCAGAGGUCUCUGAGGACGCUAAGCAGCUGAUCCGCCUCUUGCUGAAGACAGACCCCACCGAGAGGUUGACCAUCACCGAGUUCAUGAACCACCCCUGGAUUAACCAACUGAUGGUGGUACCACAGACCCCGCUCCACACAGCUCGGGUGCUGCAGGAGGACAGAGACCACUGGGACGAAGUCAAGGAGGAGAUGACCAGUGCUCUGGCCACUAUGCGAGUGGACUACGACCAGGUAAAGAUCAAGGACCUGAAGACGUCUAACAACCGGCUCCUCAACAAGCGGAGAAAGAAGCAGGCGGGCGGCUCUUCGGCCUCCCAGGGCUGCAGCAACCAGUAGUCGCCGGCCUCAGGGCAGCCAGGCCUCUCAGCCUGGGAGCAGACUGGAACGUGUAUCGUGUAUCGCACAGAGGCCCUGAAGUCCCGGCCAGGAGGGCCCAGGGUCAUUCUUUUUAACAGAGGGGUUAUUUUGUUGCCUUUUAAUUUGUUGCUUGGAACUUCAGGAUGGCAAACCCUCAGUAGGUACUGCCGCCCAGGCCUUCGUGUGGGCCCCGGCUCUGAGAGGGGCAGGGGGGUUGGAGAGCUGCUUGCUGCCCCACAGCGCCUUUGGCCAGGGUGACCAGAGGAAGGGUCAGCUGUGUCCUGCCCUGGGGCGUGGCCUCAGCCUUCCACCACUGGGCGUUGCGGCUGGGUUUUUCUUCUUCCAUAGACACUCCCCUGCAGGGUGGGCAAAUGGGCUUGGCCUUGAAAAAGGCAUCCGGCCACUGGUUGUCAUGGUG